UACCACUCUGUAUUAAACAAGGCCAGUAGUAUGUCUUAUUUAUAGGCCUGCAUCAUAAGUGUCGCUGUGUGCUGUAGUAUUUUUUUAAAGAUGACACUAGUGGCAGUGUUUAUUUGUUCAACUAUAACUGAAUCACGUACCCCACCUUUUCAAGAGUAUAUUUACUUCUGCUUUUCUCACCCUCUUAUCCUCCACUCCUUCCCAUGUCUGGGCUAUUCAGUCGAUGUUGUUUGGGUGUCUCGCUAAAUGCAGUGCAGUGCAGUUUGAGGUUAAGGUGGCUGACUUCAUGAGGAAUCUUAAAAACAUAAGCGCUCUCCCAGCCGGCUGCUCAUUCCAGUUUUGAUAGGGCUGCUCCGGCUCAUUGUAUGUUAGCCAUUAGCCUCUGAGUCGAGGAGAGAAGUACAUAAAACUGGAGAGGAGUACUGUUCACUGUAAACUACCGCCGCUCUGUGGCAGGGACAGUUCAGCAGUUUGUUUCAUGAGGAACACAGACUAGUCACUGUGUCAUUCUUUGUCUCAGUUAAUCUAAGCUGCAGUGCCAGCCAUGCGGAUCAGGCUGCAAGGCUCAGGCCACGCGGCCCUUCUCCUCUCCGAACUCAACCGCUGUCGCCUCUCGCGGCUCCUCUGUGAUGUGGUCCUGCAAGUCGGAGGACGUUCUUUCCCUGCCCAUCGUGCAGUGCUUGCCUGUGCAGGCUCUCACUUUAACAGCCUGUUUUCCAGGAGCUCUUAUGGCCAGGAUGGAGUCCCUACCACCAUUGCUUUGGACUUUAUCUCCGCGACCAAUUUUGAGAAGGUAUUGACUUUCAUUUACACAGGUGAGAUCCUCACAGAUUUGAUAGACGUUGGGGUGCUGUAUGAGUUGGCAGAAAGACUGGGCGUGAGGGAGCUGGUGCGUGCUUGCCACGCUACCUUCCCUGACAUGAAGAGUUCAGAUGGAGAUGUAGAUGCAGACAUGGCUCCUGCCACCACCAUGGCUGCCUCUGUUUGCUCUUCCUCCGCGGCCUCCUGUUCCUCUCUGUCGUCUCCUGCAGCUCCCACUCCGGUUGCUCCUUCGCCGCUCUCUCAGAGCAGGGGGCCUAGGCUCAGCCGUGCCCACAUGGCUCCUAUGUCGCUCUCCCAGUCUCCUAAAGCGGAGGAUAGCUUUCAGUUGCAUUUGAGUUACAGCCAGCUGGCUGACAGCAAGCAGAGCUCACUGGAUGACCACCGUUCUCAAGCUUCUGAGAUUCUUCCGGGUCUGACACUGCAGCUUAAAACGGAGCAGGAGGAGGAGAAAGUGGAUGAGACCAACACCUCAGAGGACCAAGCAGUCAGCAGUGGGAGCAAACUGGUGUUAACAGAAGCAUGCUCCAUUCCUGACUCCUCAGCACAGGCCGGAGGAGAAAGCUGCGCCCCCUCGUCCUCUUCUGGAGAUCCUCUGGAGAACCUGCAGCUCAGGGCGGUUGAAGGUGGUGUUGGACUUGGGGUUGGGACGGUCAAAGAAGCCGUUUUGUUUGGAGAGGGGGAUGACACAGAAAAGAGGAGCCUACAGGAAGGGCCCCCAGAGGAUGGAGAUCAGUGGAGGGCGCUGGCAGGUGACAUUAUCGAACUGAGUGAUGAUGAAGAGAAUUACAUAGAGGAAGAGGAAGAUGACGAGGAACUGAUGUGCAUAGAAAAUGGCGGAAAUGGCACAGCAGCCAGUCUAGGCCAGCUGCCUCUGUCGUCGCAGCCAUGUAAAGCUUGUGGGGUUUUGCUGCCUGCAGACAAUAGCGCCCUCCGCUCUCAUGCAGAGACACACCUGUCCGAGACGGGGAACUGCAGAGUGUGUGGCGCUUCCUUCCCUGACCGUGUGGCCAGCAUCACCCAUGCCCUGACUCAUGUGGGCAUCAUGCUUUUUUCCUGCGACAUCUGCGAGCUCCAGUUCUGCACAGAGGCCAAACUCAUCCGCCACAGACGCCAGUCGGUAGCGCGAUGUGUCCCCCAGCAGCCCAACCAGCUGAACAGCACCUCUCAGGGGCCUGGAGGGGAAUUGCAGUGUGCUGUGUGUGCUAAAUCCAUUCCUAAAGAUUUCAAGGCUGUCAGGGACCACGUACAGAGCCAUGUGUGUUUGCGAACCUUGCGUUGUGGUGUGUGCCAGUCACCCCAGCCGUCUCGGUGUACCCUUCUGUGGCACACCCUGACGCACCUCCUCCUCAUUCACUCCUGUCCACAGUGUGCCUGUCCCUUCCUGGAGCGCCCUCUGCUGGACAGACACUUAGCUAUGCAUGCUGAAGAAGGAGGACUAUUGAAAGAGGAUGAAGGCGGUCAGGAAGGUGGUACAGAAGGCCAGGGGGAAUUUCAGUGCUUCUUGUGUCCACAGACAUUCCGUACGGACACAGCCUUCCAUUACCACCUCAGCAUGCACCCAAGUGAAUCGCAAGGUGGCCAGACAUGGCCAGUAAAGCGCAAGGCGGACCAGUCGCUGGAGUUUUCUUCCUCCUCUUCCUCCCCACUAGAGGCAAGUGGCUUGGGCAAACUUGGUGGCCUGGGAUUUAACAUGGGCAUGGGGCUUGGCCUUCCAGACAAAGCGCUUCAAGGGGGAAUGCCGUUUCCCGCUGGAUUCUUGCAGAACGGAAGCUCCUCAGGCUCUGCUUCCGCAGGCACGGGUCUCAAGCAGAAGUGGUACCGCUGCCGGUACUGUGGCAAGCGCUUCGCGCACUCUGGCGAAUUCACGUACCACUUGCGCAUUCACACGGGAGAGAAGCCGUACCAAUGCAAAGUGUGUCUACGUUUCUUCCGCGGUCGUUCCACCAUGAUCUGCCACCUGAAGACGCAUGCCGGAGCCCUCAUGUACCGCUGCACCGUCUGCGGCCUCUACUUCUCCACACUCAAGAUGGUCUCCUCACAUAUGGAGCUCCACAAAGACCACUUGCCUCCGGACUUCAACAUAGAGGAGACGUUCAUGUACAAUGAUCACUCCAAAGAGCCUCUCCCUAAUCUGGACUCAUGAAUUUAUACUCACACGUUUAUACUGUGCCUCAGUAAUAAUAAAGUGAUGCACCGAAAUUUGGACCAAAUUCGAAAAUGGAAUCAAAAUUCCAAAAAUUCUGACUGAAAAAGUAAGCCGUUUACAUUUUUUAGGACUGCCACAAAGUCAGUGAUGUCAUUUAUGAAAAUGUCUUUUUAAAAUGCCUCAUAAUGCUCUUUAAUGUUAAUAUAUAAGUCAUAUGACAGAUUGCAGUUAGCGUUAGGGGCAAAAAGGCUAUUGUUGUGUUGUUGCAUCAUAAAAAAAUAAAUCCAGUGAUCUCUGGCAACAGCGAAGAGAGAAGCUGAAGAAGGCAUAAUAUUGCCUAAUCGAAUAAUAGUUUUUAGGGGUAAUCAAUUAUAGAAAUAAUUGUUUGUUGCAGUCCUAAUUAUUAAAGAUUUUUAAAAUUUAAACACCAGGAUGAAAUCGAUGAACCAUCAGAAUAUAACACGUCAUUUCAAAAAUAUUAUUAAUUAGUAAAAAGGCAAAACAAAUCAAUAGAAUUAAUGCAAAGGUCCAAAAAAGGCAAAAAAAAAAAAUAAAGAAAUCCACUGUGUCCUUAAUUUCAGUUUAUGUUUUGGCCAAGAAUUUUAAGGUGCAUCACAAAUUUUUAAGAAAUGGUUUGGCCAAAAAACAAAUUUACACAGUUUUCCACUUAGCCCAGGUGUAGUCAGUCAGCCAAGACAUAUUUUGUUUAGAUUAGCACUGGAGCUACGAGGCUAACGUUGUUUAGGAGCCAGUAUGACUUACUGUGAGCUCUAAAAAUGAAAACUUCACCAUGUAGCUAAAUGGAGGGGGGUUUUUUAGACAGCAAGUGUUGUGCUGAAUUCUGACUCCCACCCAGAACUCCCCUUUGCAUUCAUGUUAUGAACAUGUGCUGAGUUUUCAUAAAUUCAAGAUUUAUGGUUAUUUUUAAAAAGUAACAAAUUGCAAAAGUGAACUUAUGCUUGCUCACAAUAAGUCAUACUGUGUCUAAAACACAUCAACACAUCUGCGCAAACUUGGACGGCAAACAUAUCUCAGCUCAUCGGCUGCAUCAUUUGAUUUUUCGCCAAACUAUUCCUUUAAUCUCACUCAUUAUCAGUCACUGUUGUUGAGGACCAAGUGUCUGUAGACUUUAGGAUGUAACAAUGUUUUAUGUAGUUGAAAAAGGAGACAUUUUAAAAGAAGCAGAAUUUUAAUUUCAGUCGGUACUGUUACUACAUUGCCACAUGGUGGCAGUGUUUAGGUAUUCUCAAAAUGGGUGAGGACGGACUAAUUAUUGUCCCUGCGGAUGUUGAGCUGAGUGUUAGUUUAGGAUUACCACUUGAUAUUCUUCCUUCAACUCAUCUUGUAAUCAAUAUAAGCUAAAAGAUUAAGGUUGUUCCAGAGCGUUAAAACAACAUAUCUCAUGGGUGGCUGUGGUGGUGUUGUUGAGCUUCUUUUUUAUUUAAGAGGCACAAAAUGGCAGCAGUUGUGCUCUGGAAGCAGAAGCAAACUGCUUUAUCACAUACAGAGAUGUUUAUCACGUAGAAUUAGAAAUGCCUAUUCAUGAUAUUCCCUACUAUUUGUAUGUUGUGUAUUAAUUCACCAUAAAGUGCUCCAAAGGGUCAUUCGUACAAGGUUAGUUUUAUGUAUUAUGAUAGGAAAUUGCAGAAGGGAAUAACCAAGGCCGAAAAAAGAAGCUAAUAUAUCUGUCAGACUUUUUACAGAGUUAAAGCUUCCCCAAGGAAUCAUGGGUGUGGAUGGUAAAGAAUGUUGGCACAACAGAUGAAAGCUUUAUUCAUUCCUCUGUGACAUUUUUAUAAGCUUCAAAAACAGUGUUCACCUUUAUUUGAAUAUGCUUUGAAGACAACUGAAUUUAAAGAACACUCUUGAGAGCACUGUAAAGAUAUAAUCAUGAUGAUGUUGGUAAAAUUUUAACAAUUAGUGGACCCAAACACAGUUGUGAGAAAGUUUGUGACUUCUUUGGGAGUUAUGUGGGUUUCUGCACGAAUGGUUCCAAAAAUGUAAUCCGAUCUUCAUCUGCGUCAUCGUAAUUAUAACAUCUUAUGUAACAAAACAACCGUGUAACUAUAACACCUGUAAUAUCUUAUGUAACAAAGAAAUGCAUUAUUUUACAGUGCCAUAUCUUAAUCAAACAAGUGGUUUAAGCAGCCAAGGUCUUUGAUAGAACAUUCACUAUGUGAACUCUUGUUUAUAACCAGUGGUACCUUCUUUUUUAGCAGUAACUUCAACCAAACGCUUUAUGUAGCUGCUGAUCCUGUGCAGUGUUUCGGAUGGAUUUUAGCUGAGAACUGUUUCAGUUUAUGUAUAUUCCUACAAUGUCCUGGUUGGACUGCCUGCCUCAGGUUAUGCCACUGCAUUUUAAUCGGACUGCAUGUUAAGUCAGGAUUCAUGUGUUGCCAUUCUGCUGCAGUUUCUUGAUAUUACUUGAAUACCUUCGAUAAUUGCAAGCCAUCCAUUUGUCUUUUCUGUCAACAGAACAUAUUGAAAAUUUAACAAUAUUCAAUAGUGCUGUGGAACAAACUUGAGACAAGCAGUACUUUUGUUUUCUUGUGAAGUUGUUCAAUCAUAAUUUGAACAUGAACACUCGUUCGCUGUUUUAUUUUAAUGGUAGACUCAUGGACGCACAAGUUUUCGAUUGGAAGAGAUGCUAGCAGAUGCUUAGCUGUCACUCUAGCAUUAUUUGUUAUUUGUUGAGGGAUUCUUUGCCAUGCUUUUGCACUGAUAUAUGCUUACUACUACAAAGAAAAUAUCAACAGUGUUGAUUUUAUUUAGCGUGUUACUGUUGGUACAAUGAGCUAAAACAACUUCUCUUCUUAGGUUCUCUGAAACACCUAUUUGUUUAGUGAUGCAUUAAUCGAGUCGACUCUGACUUUCCACUCCUGCCAAUGGAAUCGAUGGAUUCGACUCCUGGACUCCUUAAUACUAACCAAGACGGCACCAGAACCAUUGAUAAAUGUAAAUAGCGGAAAUUAAACCAUCUUAAAGGUAGAUUACCCACUUUUUUGACUUGCUACAGAUCAUAGUGAAUUUAUAAAUUUUUGUAAUAGCAAGUUCUGUCACAUAAAUUUGAGUUCUAAUAUUCCUGGGCUGGACAUGGCUGUUAUCCUCUAGCAAACUGAGAUGCUGUUGAAGCUACCUGUAGUCUUGUAAUUGAACUAAUGCUACUCAGACUCAAACUUCUCCCUGCAGUAUACAUACAGCCAUCAAAAUAUCUAUUGAGACUUCAAGCAGCUUGACUUUCUGAGUCAUUGGCCAAGAGCCGAGCCCGACUCCCGUAAGCAUUAUAAUUUUGAUACCUCUCACUACUUUUAUUGGGGCCAUGUUGUACAUGGGCGGAAUUUGGUUAUGAACACCAUUGGUCAAUUUAAAUGAAGAUUUUUAGGUUGCUUCAUAAAAUGUUUAACAAAAUGAUGUGUUUCAGAGUUAAAGACACUUUUAGCACAAGAUUAAAACGAUGGUAGAUUCUUUGUGUGGCGCUCCAACCAGACUGCACUAGAGUAUUGUAAAGCAGCAAAGUCUGGGGCUGUUUUUCUUACAGUGGUGUCAGUGAGCUUGAGUUCAUUGAUGAGAUCAUAAAAGAAUACUUUGCUAAAUGAAAAAGCUUUGGAAUGGUCUGUUUAAAAGAAAUGGCACUUGGUUUUACAUUUUGUUUUCCAACACGAUGAACAAAUACUUCUUUGUGUCUCUGUAGGUACAUAGAAGUUAGAGGACGUCAUCAAAAUUAUGCAGGUCAAACUUGCACCCGAUUUAAUUGCAACAAUUGAUUUAAGUUAUUCUCUUUUUAAGUGGUCAUCAUCCUUUCACAUACCUUUUCCAUAAACAAACUUGAUUAAAACAUGGUUAAACAAUGUUUAGUGAAGAUCUGGCUCUGUGAAAUAAUGUUUUUUUGUUUUGGUUUUUUUAUAUGUCCAUCUUUGUUAUUUAUUAUGUCUUGGGUGAAAAACAUCACAUUUUAUGAUCCAUUCAUGCAGGAAUGCAGAUAAUUCCAAAGGGAUCAGGAGCUUUUUUCUCACAACUGUAAGGCAGCAAUAAGUAGCAUUUUUUAAAGUCAUAAAAUUGUGAUUUUGGUGGGGGGAGACAAAACCCAUUUUACAGUGGUCUGGGUGAAUAGUACGCAACCCAAGUUGUUAAUAUCUCUAUCUGACAGGUAAACAAUAGAAAUGAUACCUAUUGCUCCUUUAAACAGUGAUUGUCACAACCGGGCGGGGUUAUUUCCACAGCGUGUGAUAUUUUUCUAAUGUGAAAAAAUUGCCUUAUCAGACACGUUAAGAUAUGUAAGUAUUUAUUUAUUGUAUUUAUAGAUUUUUAAGUUGAUACAUUAUAUUUUGUAUUGAGUGUUUUCAUGAAUGGAUAUGUAUUGCUUUGUUCACAACUGUAUUUGUUUAGUAUGUGUUCUGAAUAAAAUUAAGAUCAUAAA